GACUAAGUGUGUGUAUUCCUAUAUAUAUAUAUGACUUUGUUCAGCGAGGACAAACGAUGGCCCUUCUAGAGCAGACAUUGUAGAUGAUCGCCAGCUGGUCAAUUGGCAAAUUUGUUGAAAUGGCAGAGUGUAUGUCGACAUGGGUCUGUCAAAAAUGCAGCUUUGAGAACACGUCCACUUCUAGCUGCUGUGAGAUAUGUAAAACCGCCGCAGACAUAGAGACAGAUGGCGACCUCCAGGACGAAUCCGGAUUGUCUGUAUGGAGAUGUGGCAACUGUACAUAUGACAACAACGUAACCAUCAAUCAGUGUGAGAUGUGUUCAAUUCCAAAGAACGAGAAACAAAAGUUCCCGCCUCCAGAUGUCAAGACGGACCCUCUAGGAGAAGAAACCCGAAUCAUUCUGAUUGGCCGUACGGGUUCCGGGAAAAGUUGCACUGGAAACAACAUUCUAGGGGAAAAGGUUUUCGAGUCCCAAGCCUCGUGUGGAUCUGUAACAACUCAUUGUCUACGUGGUAAAAACAGGCGUUUUAACAAACUGAUCCAGAUUGUAGACACUCCAGGAUUGUUUGACACUGGGAUGGAUAACGAUGAUGUGACAGAGGAAAUACUGAAGUGUGUUGGUAUCACCGCCCCCGGACCACACGCUAUCCUCCUAGUGGUCGGCAUCAAUCGCUUCACAGAGGAGGAGCAUGAAACCGUCAGACUUCUCCAGAAGGCCUUCGGAGACAACAUGAUGAAGUACUUGAUUGUCGUGUUCACUAGGAAAGAUGACCUGGAGAGAGAUGGCCGGAGCCUUGAUGACCUAGUACGAACAGCACCACAAGCAUUGCAGAGAGUCAUACGAAACUGUCAGAACCGAUGUAUCGCCUUCAAUAACCAUGCCGAUGAAGCAGAGAAUGAGCAACAAGUUUUAGAACUCUUCCGGCUGAUUGACGAAAUGGUGGCUACCAACAAUGGAACGUUUUAUACGAGCGAUAUAUUCGAAAAGGCAGAGGAAGCAAUCAAUGAUCGGGAGGUUGAGAUUGUGACUGACCACAGGAAUACGGCAGAAAAAAGGUUGGAUAUCAUUAGACGGCAGCUGUCGGACGAGUACUGGGGACAGAUGAAUAUCUCAAAAAAGUCUGAGGAGCGUUAUGAAAGAGAACUACACGACAUUAGACGACAAAGGGAAAAGUUAUCGAAGCCACUCCACUGGACAGAAAAUGAUCCUGGCCGUGUAGAAAAACGACACGGGGAUAACCAAGAUGGCGAUGCAAUACUCCGUUCGAAAAUUGAAGAGCUGGAACAAAAAAUCCGAGCCGUUCAUAAGCAACAAAAAGUUAUCAAGGAAUCCACGGAGAUGACACUUCGAGAGAGAGAAAAAGAAGUUUUGAACAUUCUGAAGGAAAUGUCAGAUCCUGUAGUAGUCCGAGAAGGCGUCCGCGGCGAAGUUCAAGAAGGAAGCCCUACUUUGUUGCGCAAAAUUUGGAUGAGUGUUACAGAGGUAGGGCAGAAGAUUGCUGGAGGUUUCAAAUAUAUCUUUGAUUUCGUCAAGAAAAAAAUCACUGGAAAAUGAAAUAUUCAAAUAUGCCAGAAAAAAAAAACUUACAUGCUAUUUCCUAUGUGAUAAACAUAAGCAGGAUCUGCGUUUACCAGGAUUUUAAAUGAAAAAAACCAACAACAACAAAACAGAAACAAAAAACAACAAACAAUAUUAGUCUUUAGUUUGAACGAUGUCUCUAUGGAUGACUGCAUGAAUUUUACGGCUAAAACACCUCCCCAUCAUUAUUAUCAUCAAAGAUGAUGACCUCUGUUUUAGUUUACGUCGCGUUAAGGUAUCAACUCUUUAGAUCUUUGAAACACUGACGAGUCCUAAAAGGACUAAACAGUUGUAUUUGAAGGUGUCUCGUGUGUAUUGUAAACGUCUUUAGAUUUAUAUGCUAUGUAAAUAUAAUAUUGGACAGCUAAUACUGGCCAUAGAGAUUACCCGAUAAGUAUUAUAUGUAUCGUAUUUGCAUUUACAUUAAUGCACAAAGCCAGUAUUUGGACAUUAGUUGAUGUGUGUACAACACUAUUUUGUAUCUCUAAUGAGUUUACCUUGAUGGUCCAUUAAGAAUGUUAUAACUAACUAACAUCAUUUGGAUCAUGUGAUCGUUUUUCUCAAUAUUUCUAUAGCUAAGCAUUUUUUCUAUUGUGUAUGAAUUGUGAUAAACUUUCUGACAACCGUUAAUCGACAUAUUUUCUCAGAAAAUAAGGUGCAUAUGUAUGCGAAUCCAGCCAUUUAAAAGGACUGCAUUCCGAAUUCUGUUCAAAUUUACUUAACGUCUAAACAUUAUUCCCCCCAAAUUUAGAAUUUCUAGAAACAUUACUGACAACACUAUCAUGUUAAGGGAGGCUGUUGGUUACCGGUAAUAGGUGCUAAUCUUCAGCUGCCCAUACAAGGAUAAUUUUGUUGUCAGAUCUCUACACGUUUAUAACAGCAUAAUAACUUCUUUCGAAGCUGUUAAAUUAUACAAAAUACUGAACUAACUGACAUCUGUCGGUCUAUAGCACAGGAUAUGGGUAACCAUAGCAAUAUUUAAUCAUUUCAAAUUAUAUGCAAAUGUACAUGAGUAUAUCAAUUUUUACAUAUUUCAUUUGUUUGGUGUUUCCAUUUUAUGUCCAUUUUUUUACUCUUCAUAUUUUGCCUUAAUAACCUUUACAGUGUCGAUGGACCGUUAAGAAUGUAACAACUAAUUUUACAGGCCUACAUUAAGAGGAAAACUGCAAUACCUGACGAACCGUGAAAAAUAAUGUUUCUGAAAUAAAACCUGUCAAGAUAGAUAACCAAUGUGUUUAAUAUUCAUUACAUUUCUAACUUAAGCAAGUUUAGACGACUGGAUGUUACUGAGUGACGUUAUGGAAAUAUACCGAGCUAACGUGAUCAUUUUAUUAACUUAUAUAACAAUAUCUUCGAUUCAACAAAGAAUUAGAAGGAUUAUAACAAAAACGUAUUGAUAGCUUAAAAGAUGAUAUUUUCCCCCCCGGAGAUCAGACCAGUCAUCUGACUGGUCGUUUACCAUGUCAGGUAGGCUAGUCAGUCUAUGGUGAUGUCAAGUUUGCUGUUUGUUACUUAACUCUUUAUAAAGAUGGUGCUCUGUUUAUAGAGGACCGCAAUUUGAAUGGAGUAAUAUCCGGGGUCACGACCUAUGGCUAAAUUUAUCUAGAAUCUACUCAUGUGUCUGAUACAAACUUUAUAAGGAUUGUAUGUGUCUAUUUCCCUGUAUCGAAAUUACGAAAUAAAAUAUCUUAUUAAUGUUGGA